CCUCGCUCAUCCCCGCCCCGCCAUGCCGGACCAGAUCUCCGUGUCGGAAUUCGUGUCCGAGACCAAUGAGGAUUACAAGUCACCCACCGCCUCCAACUUCACCACCCGGAUGGCCCAGUGCAGGAACACGGUGGCGGCCAUCGAGGAGGCUCUGGAUGUCGACCGAACUGUUCUCUAUAAAAUGAAAAAAUCUGUCAAAGCCAUAAACUUAUCUGGUCUGGCUCACGUGGAAAAUGAAGAACAGUAUACACAAGCACUGGAGAAGUUUGGUGGCAACUGUGUUUGCAGGGAUGACCCAGAUUUGGGAACAGCGUUUUUAAAAUUUUCUGUGUUUACAAAGGAAUUAACUGCACUCUUCAAAAAUUUGAUUCAGAAUAUGAACAACAUAAUCACUUUUCCAUUGGACAGUUUGCUGAAGGGAGACCUGAAAGGAGUAAAAGGGGACCUGAAAAAACCCUUUGAUAAAGCUUGGAAGGACUAUGAAACAAAAGUUACAAAAAUAGAGAAGGAGAAAAAAGAGCAUGCUAAGCUGCAUGGGAUGAUUCGUACAGAAAUAAGUGGAGCUGAAAUUGCAGAAGAGAUGGAGAAAGAAAGAAGGUUCUUCCAGUUACAGAUGUGUGAGUACCUGCUGAAAGUCAAUGAAAUCAAGAUCAAAAAAGGAGUGGACUUGCUUCAGAACUUGAUCAAGUAUUUUCAUGCUCAGUGCAAUUUCUUUCAGGAUGGGUUAAAAGCAGUUGAAAGUCUCAAACCUUCAAUUGAGAUGCUCUCGACAGAUCUUUAUACAAUUAAACAAGCACAAGAUGAAGAACGAAGGCAAUUAACACAGCUCAGAGAUAUUUUAAAAUCAGCACUCCAAGUUGAUCAGAAAGAGGAUUCUCAGAUUCGUCAGAGUACAGCUUACAGUUUACAUCAGCCUCAGGGAAACAAGGAGCAUGGCACUGAACGGAGUGGCAGUCUGUACAAGAAAAGUGAUGGAAUCAGAAAAGUGUGGCAGAAAAGGAAGUGCUCAGUUAAAAAUGGUUUUCUUACAAUUUCCCAUGGUACAGCUAACCGACCUCCAGCAAAGCUCAAUCUGUUAACCUGCCAAGUGAAAACAAACCCAGAGGAGAAAAAGUGUUUUGACCUCAUAUCACAUGAUAGAACAUACCACUUUCAAGCAGAGGAUGAACAGGAAUGUCAAAUAUGGACAUCUGUGCUACAAAACAGCAAAGAGGAAGCUUUAAAUAAUGCAUUCAAAGGAGAUGAUAACACAGGAGAAAAUAAUAUUGUCCAGGAACUGACAAAAGAAAUUAUAUCUGAAGUCCAGAGGAUGACUGGAAAUGAUGUUUGUUGUGACUGUGGAGCACAAGAUCCUACCUGGCUUUCAACAAAUUUGGGAAUUUUAACUUGCAUUGAAUGCUCAGGAAUCCAUAGAGAACUUGGUGUUCACUAUUCCAGAAUGCAAUCACUUACAUUAGAUGUGCUGGGAACAUCUGAACUUUUGCUUGCAAAGAAUAUUGGGAAUGCUGGAUUUAAUGAGAUUAUGGAAUUCUGUCUUCCAGUUGAUGAGAUGGUCAAACCUAAUCCGAGCAGCGAUAUGAAUGCAAGAAAAGAUUACAUUACUGCCAAGUAUAUUGAGAGAAAAUAUGCAAGGAAGAAGCAUGCAGACAAUGCAGCUAAAUUGCAUGCUCUUUGCGAAGCAGUGAAAUCAAGAGACAUUCUUGGAUUAGUUCAAGUGUAUGCUGAUGGCGUGGAUCUCACAGAAAAGAUUCCACUGGCCAAUGGCCACGAGCAAGACGAAACAGCGCUGCACCUUGCUGUUAGAUCAGUUGAUCGAACAUCCCUUCAUAUAGUUGACUUUUUAGUGCAGAACAGUGGCAAUCUAGAUAAGCAAACCUGUAAAGGUAGCACAGCCCUGCAUUACUGCUGUCUAACAGACAACGUUGAGUGCCUCAAACUGCUGCUGAGAGGGAAGGCUUCUAUUGAAAUAGCAAAUGAAUCAGGAGAGACGCCACUUGAUAUAGCCAAACGUUUAAAACAUACUCACUGUGAAGAGCUGCUUACUCAAGCACUAUCUGGAAGAUUUAAUUCUCAUGUUCAUGUAGAAUAUGAAUGGCGAUUACUUCAUGAAGAUUUGGAUGAAAGUGAUGAUGAUGUGGAUGAAAAGCUGCAGCAACCCAGUCCCAAUCGGAGAGAGGACAGGCCUGUCAGCUUCUACCAAAUUGGAUCAAACCAACUUCAGCCUAAUGUAGCAUCCUUGGCAAGAGAUGCAGCAAACAUUGCUAAGGACAAGCAAAGAGGAUUUAUGCCAAGUAUAUUACAGAAUGAAACAUAUGGAGCAAUACUCAGUGGCAGUCCACCUUCCAUUCAGCCUGCAGUACCUGUUACCAGUAGUGCACCUCCUCUACCUCCAAGGAAUAUUGGCAAAGUUCAGCCUUCAGUUCUUGGCAGUGGUAUUCAGACAAUUUCUUCAUCUAAUGCAAUGUGGAAGACAAAUUCUUUAGGAGUGGAAAGUAUAAGCAGGCAGAGGUCUUCAUCAGAUCCACCAGCUAUUCAUCCCCCUGUGCCGCCAUUGCGUGUAACAUCUACAAAUGUACUUUCUCCAGCACCACCACCUCCAGUGGCAAAGACAGCUAGCAUUAUAGAAGCUUUGAACCAGCAAUCAAAACAACAGCCAGCUCCUCCACAAAGCAAGCCAACCCCACCACCACUGCCUCCACAACCUCCUAGCAGAAUCUCUCAGAGAAAGCCUAUUCCUGGGACUGAGAAGUCAUCUGGCUUAACUAACAAAGGGCAGACCAGAGGACUUGGGUCUCUACAACAACCUGCAGGAGAGUCAUCUUCUGUAUGUGACAUUCCAGGAACACAGACUGGUUCUACAGCUAAUACUUUGGCACAAAUCCAGCCACCAGCACCAAUGCCAAGGAAAUCACAAAUAUCAAAAACUAAACCCAAGAGAGUAAAAGCAAUUUACAACUGUGUAGCAGAUAACCCAGAUGAGCUGACUUUUUCAGAGGGAGAUAUUAUUGUAGUUGAUGGUGAAGAAGAUCAGGAGUGGUGGAUUGGUCAUAUUGAUGGAGAUCCCAGUCGGAAAGGAGCUUUCCCUGUAUCAUUUGUGCACUUUAUUGUUGACUAGAUUGCUACUGAUAAGUGGAGACAUUUCUCACUUCCAGCAGUCACAGAAAUAAGUUUUGUUCUAUUUCAUUUCACCUACCUAUCUGCAGCCACCUUGCCAGAGCACUGCCCAAGUCCUAGGUACUGUAGCUUACUUUUUUAUUGCCAUCGUUCUGAUUUUGGGACUUUUAAACUUUUUUCUACGUGGAAACUUCUCAUAAGUAGUUUACACUUU